UGAAGUAAAAUCUCAGUGCACCAUCAAGCCAGUUGUUCUAAGUUCCAGAUAGAAGCACUUUCCUCCCCUUCUCGGUUUCUGUUCUCCACCCCUUCUCUCACGCAACAGUCUCGGCUCGAUGUCCUAAGAGAACGAGUCAGGAGGCAUUACGAUGCAAGAGAAAGUGAGAGAGAGAGAGAGAGAGAGAGGAAACAAACAUGCCCGUCCAAAGAAGCAAAAAGAAGGCCGCAGUUCCUCGACGAGAGCAGAACACCACUCAAGCCUAAACCUCCCUAUUGAAACAUGUCACUCCAUACACCCAGUAAGGGGGAGGCGGCAUGUCCAUCGGACUGUGGAUUGCUUUUGCCGUCGUUGCCCUCUCUCUCUCUCUCUCUCUCUCUCUCUCUCUCUCCUCUUUCUGCGUGAUGAAUGCCGAUUAUCACAUCAUGCCAACAACCGGAAUACCGUUGGGCAUUUCCAAAAUGGGGAGACCGGGGGAUGUUUGCGACGUUCGUUGUCAGCUAGAUCGUACGUUUCUUUGACGGCCAUGUUUGCUUUCUUGGUAGCUGGCUGAUGAUCUUCGAGGCGUGUGUGUUGAGACUGGGAUCAAACAAACGGUAACCGUUGUUUGGAGAUCCACUGGCUGGCUGGGGGAUUAGCCUGAUUUAGUUAGGGUUGAGUUGAGCUGAGUGGUUGUUUGAUUGCUGGUUUGGGAGGUGUUGUUGCUUUUUGAGACGGGUGUUGGGGCGUGAGGUUGACGAUGUAGCAGGUGGGGUGGUGGUGUUUGGGUCUCUGUCUUGAGGGGUUAUUGCACUGGCGCUUUGGGGACGCUGUCUUGGGAAGGGGAAGGGGGAGGGGGUAGCGAUGCGGUUGAUAGUAUCCCUACCGUGGGAGGAUUCAUCUUCUCUAGAGAGGACUACAGUAUCGAGGCGACGGGUGUACAGGAUAUUGGAAAGUGGUAGGA